CCGACCCUUUAAGUGACGUUUACUUAUCAACACGACGGCGCAGGCAACAUCGACAUCGUUGAAAAACACUCGACGUCACACUGGUAGCGGUCGGUCGGAAAUUAAAUCAAGUAAGCACUGUGCCGCUUAGCUACAAGCAUCGUGGGACACACAACACCAGUUGCAUAAUCACAGAGAGCACAACACCCCGCACAGCCAGCAACUUCAACCGGAACGUCAAGCCUACGAAAACGAAUACGAUGCUACGAGCGAUUGCGGUGCGCGCCGGACUAAGCCGAUCGGGCCAACUGGUCGCCCCGAGCGUUUGCCGCGCGAUGUCCUCGACGGCCGGUGAUAGCAACAGCCUGGUACUGACGGAGGAGGUCGGCAGCAAGGGCGUGAUCACACUGAAUCGCCCGAAAGCGCUGAACGCCAUCAAUCUGGAAAUGGUCCGGCUCAUCUACGACGCCAUGAAGCAGUGGGAAAGCACCAAGAGCGUGGUCAUCGUGAAAUCCGUCGGCGAUAAGGCGUUCUGUGCCGGCGGGGACGUGCGCGCCAUCACCGAGACGAGCAAUGUGGAGCUGGCGCGAAAGUUUUUCAGCACCGAAUACCGGCUGAACGCCCUCAUCGGCAGCUAUCGGCCCACGUACAUUGCGUUCAUCGACGGUAUCACGAUGGGCGGCGGCGUCGGGCUGUCCGUGCACGGCAAGUACCGCAUCGCGACGGAGCGCACCAUGUUCGCGAUGCCCGAGACGGCCAUCGGGCUGUUCCCGGACGUUGGCGGCGGCUAUUUCCUGCCCCGGCUCGAGGGCAAGCUCGGCCUCUAUCUCGGCCUGACCGGGUUCCGGCUGAAGGGGCGCGACGUGCACAAGGCCGGCGUGGCGACGCACUACGUGGAGAGCAAAAAUCUGGCCGCGCUGGAGCAGCAGCUGCUGGCCACGACGAGCGGUGCCGAGGUGGAAAGCGUGCUGGACCGGUUCUCGGAGAAGCGGGACGCGGGCGCCGAGUUUGUGCUGGCCAAGCAGCUGCAGCAAAUCAACGAGUGCUUCAGUGCGCCGACGGUGGAGGCUAUUUUCCAGCAGCUGGAGCGGGACGGUAGCGAGUGGGCACAGAACACGCUGAAGCUGCUCCACAAAAUGUCCCCCACCUCAAUGGUGGUGACGCAAAAGCAGCUCGAGCUGGGCGGCAAGAUGGAUUUGAAGACGUGUCUCAAGAUGGAGUACCGGCUUGCCGUGCACCAUGCUAUCGACAGCGACUUCAAGGAAGGUGUGCGCGCCCUGCUGAUCGAUCGCGAUCAGAAACCGCGCUGGAAUCCGGCCACACUGGCAGAGGUGGAUCCGGCGCGCAUCGAGCAGUUCUUCGGCCCGCUGCCGGACGGCGAUGAGCUCCAGUUCGAGGAGGAGGGGCCCAAGGCAUCCCUGUAAGCGGAGCUGCGGUGUGCUGCUCUCCGGUCAAAGGAUUGGAACACGUCGAGAAAUGAUACCACAACAAAAGUGCAUUUACUAGCGAGUAAGACUAAUGCCAACGGCAAAGCUGUUGCGCGCCUUGUGUUUCAAACAUGAAUACGGGCACCGUUCUUUCCUUUUUCUGCAACCCCACACAGAAAGCCAACAAUAAAGUGAAACGAUUUUCUACCACCUACCUCCCUCGUCAGCAUUUGAUUGGCUUUUGAAUUGCCGUUUUCGGAUCCAACAUCGUCCAACACGCGCCACAACCUCUCGGUGGUCGAUGGUGCAUCGUGCUACAUGCGAAACAUUUCGUAAAAAUGAUCGUUUCAUUCAUGUCCAUGUUCUCGUGUUUAACUCUGGCCAUUUUCCACACACCAGCAACGGUUUCGUUUUUUUUUCCGCUCGGUAACGCGCCCGCCUCCACAUAUACCUUCUCACAGAUGCAAAUUGUGGUUUUUUAAGUUAUAAAAUUGGUUUCACCUAUGACGGUCACUAUCAAGGGUUGUUGAAUUUGUUCUAUUCCCGAAGAAAAGUGUCUUUUAUCAAUAUUGUGACGUGGAUAUGAAUAGAACUUCGAAGCAAUGGAUGAAUUGAACGUUAAAGGAGUUAAGCAAUAGCAGCGAUGAAACUGAGUGCUUAGCAUACCCAAGGGUGAGAUGAUUUCGCAUCGUCUACAUGUGUAACACUGAGUCAGAACUGUCCCGCAUUCGAAUGAGCAUUAUAACAAAACAAAAAACCAUACUAGAUUAAUACAGGCAUCGUUAUGCAAUUUUCGUGGAACGAUUGAUCAAAUGUUCCUCGCCGGUCUAUUUCAAGAUGGACAGUGUGUGUUUGUGUGUGUUUUUUGUUUGUUUUUCAUUUUCCUUUUUAACAGUAAAAGCGGGAAUGCUUUCUGUUGCCUUCCUCCAUUCCUUUUAAGCGUUCUUUUGCCUUUCAAGCUCUCUUACACGCAGCGCACAUGCUAUUCAAUUGCUUUAAAACAUUACCCCGGCACUACUACUGUCCGUGUCCCUUUGUCCGGCACCAAAAACAGCACCGCCCGCUGGCCCGCAGGACCGAACAAAGCACAUAUCCAGGUUGACUCGAACUCACUGCACUUUUUCACAGUUUUUCCCAAUAAUGCACGGAUCACACACACAUAGUUUGCAGGAGAACCGCGAUCCGCUUUCCUAUUGAUUUGAAGUUAUUUUUUUGUUUUAAUGUAUGUGUGUACGUGGGUUUGGGUAAGUAAUAAGACUUUCGGUAGUUGUUUUGUUUAUCCGCUGCGCUCGCUUCUCCUCACUGACCCCGCAAUCACCCAUUGAUACCCGAAAAAGCAAAAAAAAAAAUAGAAUAAA